UAAAUCCUCUAACAUCCCUCCUUAGGGUCAUGAGCUUGGACAUCCCACUACCAUCCUAUAGCUUGCUAACCACGAAUGCUCUUGCUGGAAUAACAACUGAUCGAAUUUUUCCAUCUUUGCGUAAGAAGAAGUUGGCCGAUAGGAUUUUAGUUCUCUAAGCGAAUUCGGUAUAUUUCACUAUAAGCCUCGAUCCUAUAUUGAGCAUGGAACCUGGCGAUUAUCAAGAUAGAGCUGUCCCGUCUUGGCAUGAGAAUAAUACUGAACAGGACGACAUUAUUGAUGGACUACCCUGGGCCACCGAACAUGCAAAAAUUCCCACCUCGUUAGAAGAGGAUGGCAGCAUCUUUUCGAUGGAUGGAGCAAUGGAGCGCUGGGGAAAACGUAAAAAACCACCGGUGUCAGCUAUAUUUAUUCAUGCCGGGGCUGGAUACCACAGCGUUGCCAAUGAAAGCCUACAUCUAGAAGCCUGCAAUGAAGCUGCACGUCUGAGCAUAAAACUCCUUCGUUCAGGCCAUUCGGCUAUCGAUGCUGUUGAGGCUGCUAUCAAAUCCCUCGAAGACAAGGAGAUCACCAAUGCAGGCUACGGAAGCAACUUGGCAAUAGAUGGGACGGUAGAGUGUGAUGCUACUUUGGUUGACCAUUUCGGUCGCAGCGGAGCGUGCGGUGCAGUUCCUAAUAUCAAGAAUCCAAUCUCCUUAGCCAAGAUGAUUCUCUUGUCUAGUAAUAAGCCCCUUUCUUUGCGUCGUGUUCCCCCGAACUUGCUCAUUGGGGAGGGCGCCAAGGAAUUUGCACGGGAAUCAGGUAUGCAUUUGGUUCCCAAUCAAUGGCUCGUAUCAAGGAAUGCUAGAGACCGCUAUAUCAGGUGGCAGGAAGACAUGAGGCGUGCGGAAGGCAAAUCAUUUUUGUCUCCAUCACCUGGCGCAUACGAGCAAGCUGUCGACGAUCAUAGCAAUGAAAUUGGCCAGAACGGACACCCGGACCAUAUGACUGCUAUACUGACAGGAACUUGGAAUGAAGGGCAGCCAGACUCCCCAGCUUCACCUGCUUCGCCGUGGGAUAAUGAGCCGCAUGUGGUAAUAAAAACUGGCCUUGAGCGCGGUCCAUUUCACUUCCCGGCAUUGGCUUCAAGCUCAAAAACUGCGGCUGGAGAAAUAUCAUCUCUCACUCCGAAACGACCACGAUUUAGUCCCCGCCCAAGUAGUGAAUCUCUGAAGUCGGAUCCCAGCAUAUCGAUAUCGAACGGCGUAAUUGGAGCAGCUGCUCACGAUGGCGGUGGUUCAGAUGUUCCUAUAGAACCCUUCAUGCCUAAAGCCGAACAAGGUCUUACCACUACGGCUGCGCUCUAUCCCGACGAGCGUCCACGUUUCAAGGCCGUUGAUCGUCAAAAGAAAAGUGAUAAAGAUGUCGAUAAAAUCACUGAUACAGUAGGCGCGAUUGCAAUCGACAUGUCUGGCAAAAUUGCUGCAGGGUCAUCUUCAGGUGGCAUCGGUAUGAAACAUCGAGGACGAAUUGGCCCGGCAGCCUUGGUAGGGGUUGGGACAGCCGUGGUUCCGAUAGAUGAAAGGGAUCAAGAUGGUAUUGCUGUCGCUGCUGUAACCAGCGGCACGGGAGAGCAUAUGGCUACUACUAUGGCGUCGCAAAAAUGUGCCGAGCGAAUUUACCAAGGUACACGUCGUGGGCCAGGUGGAAAAGAUGUAGCCGAGGAUGACGAGAGCUCCAUUCUCGAAGCCUUUAUUGCUAAUGAUUUCCAGGAACAUCCGGGUGUCAAAUAUUCUUCGUCAGCUGGAGCCAUUGGCGUCAUGGCCGUAAAGAAGGCCCCAAUGGGCUACUAUUUAUACUUCGCGCACAAUACUGACUCUUUUGCUGUAGCCUCUAUGGGCUCUAAUGAUAUUCAGCCAUCUUGCGUCAUGUCGCGCGUCAAGGAAGGAAGUUCUGGACUCGGUCGUAUUGCUCAAGGUGGUCGUAAAAUUCACGUCUAGACUGGCUUGCUGGCUUUGCCAGAACGUUGAUAUCCGCUUUAUAAGACUGGUUGUAUUAACUCGGAGGCUCUUAGCAGGGGCUGUCGGUUUUCCUUCACCUCAUACUCGCCCUCUCACCUAUACUCAGUCUGAUUAUACUUCUAACCUUUACGCUAUCCUUAUUACCCAUACACCUAAGCUCAAAACGAAUUGCGAAUUGUGGUGCACCGGAACCGGCGUUUUCGAGAUACCCCCGGAUGCUACUUUCAUCCUAACCGCAAAUACUUCGGUCUUGUCCUCGAAGGAAUCAUUGUAUUCAAGUCAGUAGUACAUAGUAACUCUCAAAUUGCAGCUGAGCCA